UACUGCAUUCACAAUUUCAUCCAUAUCGAGUUGGAAGAAACAAACUUUCUGUCUUCUAUUCGUUCUGCAUAAUAAUUUUAAGUAUAUUGAUCCGGUAAUCUUAUCGAAGAUGAUGAAGGUAAAGAGCUUGAAGUGCAUGGAACUGGUGCUGUGUUGUUGUUUGAUUCUGUCUUGUAUCGUAUCCACAAUAGGAGCUUCGUCGCCACUUAAGGUUGGUUACUACAGGAAAAGCUGUCCAAGGGCGGAGUCAAUUGUAAGAAAUGCUGUGACCAAAGCGGUGUCGCAGAAUCCAGGCAUUGCUGCUGGCCUCAUUAGAAUGCAUUUCCAUGACUGCUUUGUCAGGGGUUGUGAUGGUUCGGUACUGUUGGAUUCCACAUCAAAUAACCUAGCUGAAAAAUCUCAUCCCGCUAAUAAUCCAAGUCUACGAGGUUUUGAGGUGAUUGACGAGGCCAAAGCUAAGCUUGAAGCUAUAUGUCCCAACAAGGUGUCCUGUUCAGACAUACUAGCCUUUGCUGCCCGUGACAGCGCUCUCAGAGCCGGAGGCAUAAAAUAUGCAGUCCCUUCAGGGCGUCGUGACGGGACUGAAUCAGUAUUUGAUGACGUUACACAAAAUCUCCCUCCCCCUUCCCUUAACGCCGAGCAACUUGUACAAAACUUUGCACGCAAAGGAUUAUCAUUAGACGAAAUGGUCACACUCUCUGGCGCUCAUUCAAUUGGCGUUUCACAUUGCAGCUCAUUCACAGACCGUCUCUAUAAAUUUAACGCGACUCAUCCCCAAGAUCCGUCUCUGGAUCGAAAAUAUGCUGCAUCAUUGAAGAGAAGGUGUCCUAAAUCAAGUGCACAAGACCGUACAGUGAAUCUUGAUUCUCUGACACCUCAACGUUUGGACAACCAAUAUUAUGUGGGACUAAAGUAUAACAGAGGCUUAUUGACUUCAGAUCAGACGCUAUUAACGAGCCCUCUGACAUCUAAGAACGCAUGGAACAAUGCUAAUUAUGGAUCAAACUGGAGCGCUAAGUUUGCGGCUGCUAUGGUUCGUAUGGGCUCUAUCGAAGUCCUGACAGGAAAACAAGGAGAGAUAAGAAGGAUGUGCAGUGUCGUGAACUGAUCUGUGAUUGUUCUCUAAAUGUUUGAUAAACGUUGAUUGUUUCAUUUUUUGAUCAUAAGUCUUGUCAAAAUUGUACAAGUGUGGAGUAAAGUUGGUUUCUUGAUUAUAUAACAGAAAAAUUGCACAAACAGUAAACAUAAAACUCAAAUAAGAAUCAGAACA